GGAAAGUGGGUGGGAGUCAGGAAAUUUUGUGUGCUUCAUUCCCUUCCCGGAGAGCCGAGUGACGGGAACACCGCGCGAUAUUUUGACGUUUUGGCUUUGAGAAGUUGCCUCCUAACGCGCCCCAGGUGAAGUCCCGUAACGAGCUGCUCUCUAUAAAGUCCCCGUGGCUUUAGAGGGACAGAGAGUGAACUGAAAGCAUCAUAAAGAGUUUCCUCCUCCAUAAAGUCCAUCGAGGCUUUAGAGGAACCUUGAGAGUGAACUGAAAGCCUUAUUAUUCUCUCCUCUGCAAAGUCCAUCAAGGUAUUAGAGGAACGAGUGAACUGAAAGCCUCACAAGGGUCUAUUCUCCUCUGUUAAGUCCAUAAGUAAAGUCCAACCACAAUGGAGUUGGAGAUCACGCAAAGAACGGUGUCCCACAAGGUGACGAAGGUGACCCGCAAUGAGGAGUUCUACAAGGCUAGCAAGCCACACGAGAUGGCCACUACCAAGCUCUUCGGCAAGGACCUCAGUCAGUAUGAGGAACUUGACAUCGAUGACAUCCUGGAGCAACUGUCGCCCGAAGAGCUGGAGAUGCUGGCGGGCGAGGUGGAUCCUGACGACUCCUUGAUCCCACCAAGUGAACGCAACAGUUACAAGUGCAGCAAGGAGGCGACGGGACCCCUCGACCGCAAGAAGCUGAUUGACCACAUCAACGAUCAAGCCAUCAAUGAACCCGACAGACCUGACCUCGUCCCCUAUGUUGCCGGCACUGUCAGGGGCAAGAAGUGGGUGCCGCCGCCGCCCCCGGAGCCCCAGGAGGAUGACGAUGCCGUGGCUCAGGAGGUGGAGGUGGACCUUGACGAAGAGUUUGCGUCCGUCCUCAACACAGCCACUGAGGACGAGAUUGUCGACCUCGCAGCCAUCCUGGGUUUCCACUCCAUGAUGAACCAGGAACAGUACCACGCGUCGCUGCUCAACAAGGGCCGGCCGCUGGGCGUGGGCUGGGGCGGCAUCACCAAGGCCACCAAGUUCAAGGCUCUGCCUGUUGAGCCACCCAAUGAUACAGACGUUGAGGAUAGUAUCAAGAAAGUCAAGGAUGACGACUCCAACUGCAAGGACCUCAACUUUAACAACAUCAGGAACAUCUCUGACGAACAGCUGAAGCGCCUCUUUGAAGCUCUGGAGAGCAACACAAAGCUGGAGAGUUUAAGUAUGGCUAAUGUUGCCCUCUCGGACAGACACCUCGAUCCACUUUGCAAUGCCCUCUCCCAAAACAACGCACUCAGGACACUAAAUCUAGAGACCAACAACAUCAGUCCAGCCGGUAUUGUUCGCAUCAUGGAGUCCCUCUUGAAAACACACUGCGUUGAAGAGGUCCGCCUUGCAAACCAGAGAGCAAGUGUCCUGGGCAACAAGAUAGAGAUGCAGCUCACAGAGAUCAUUGAACAGAACCCGUCUGUGCUGCGUGUCGGCAUCCACUUUGAGUUCAACGACGCUCGCAACCGUGUCUCCAAACACCUCCAGAAGAACCUUGACACUUUCCGCGUUGGUGUCAGGGUGCGCAGAGCCUCGCGCAAGGUGGCCACAGAGGGUGCCAGCCUUAGCUUCGUACUCCCCUCCACAGCCUCCCCCCCUGCCUCCCCCCUGCCCUACUCCCCCUACCCCCAGGAUAAGCCUCACGCACCCCCAGCAUUUAAUGGGGGGGGGCAGCGUGGGCAGGAGCAGGAUUAUGAGGAUGAUGAGGAGGACUUUGAUAGUAAUGAGGAAUGAAGUUCGUGAGGUGCGUAUGGGUCUUAAAAGCAGGAACUGUGCCGUCGGCUUCCCGCUCCUCCCUGCUUUCAUGCGUCUCCCCAGAGACGACAUCGAUGAUGAGUAAUAGCUGGCCUGGAUGACCGUUGCAUGAUGCCAUCGCAUUCUGCAAACAUAACACGCCAAUCAGUGUUCAGCAUUAAGCUAGCAGUUCUUUAGAUUUUUUAUAUGAAGUUUGUUUUUCAUGUUCUUUUAGAUUUUAAUUGUUGAAUUUGUCGCCCUCACUCAAGACUGGAAAUGGUUAUGUGCUCGGAGACAUUUGCCUCAACCAUUUGCACCUUGCUGAGUACAAUUGGAAAAUAUAACAAGAAAAAAGUACUUUGUAAACAGCUGAACAAAAUUGGAUUGAGCUUAUACCUAUGUUGUAAAAGGUUGUAGAAAUUUUGUCAUCUGUAUAAGGUUUGUGCCUUAGUGCACUGCGAUGGUAACCUGCAGCCCUGGCCAGCAUGGGCGAGUGAGUGAGUGUGUUUCCCUCCACCUGCACGCACCCGUCACCGAGCCGGAAGCUGACCCAGCCACCAAAGAAUGAUAGGUUUGUGAGCCGCUGGGGUUGUAUCACCCUCCAUGGAGGAGUCUCUGUAGCACGAUAGGUUUUAUGUUUAAUUUAUUACUGUUUGAGCAUAAUUUCCUUGCUCAAGUGAAUGAGAGUUGUGUAGCAAACUGUUUGGAUCACUGCAUGAAGAGAACAUGUAGUAAUUAAUGAUACUCUUAUUUCUGCUAAAAUGAUUUGCAAAAUGAAUAUCACUCAGAGUAUUGAACCUAAAUAAGAGGUCCAUUCAUGCCUGUAAAUUAAUUAGUUAAUGUAAGACUGAAUGCAAGACUUGUUAGGCUACACACAAUACACUUUGGGACCUCACGGCACAUCACUAGUUGGUGAAGCUCACCAGUCUCAUGGAAACCCAACAUGUAUGCAAGUUACACUAACUAUAAAUGGACGGAGUAACCUACUCAUCAUAACUUGAAAAAUCAUUGAACACAAGACAGCUCAAACCUAUAUUCAUUCUUACUUUAUAAAAAUUAUUAGGUCAAGUGAUGCAAUACUCCCACAACCACUGCCAGCAAUGCUGACAACCUGACACUGUCCACGUGGCUGAGAGCCCCAAGGAAGAUAGCAGCAUUGCAUUACAGUUCAGGAAUGACAGUGUGGUAGUGCUACUUGUCCUCUCACAUGUCAAGUCCCAGUCCUGACUGGAAAGAAACAAAAAAUAACACAAAGCUCACACAAAGUGUCAUUUGGUCAGCAGGGCACUGCUGUGCUACAGGAUUAAGUGUGCUUAAUCUGUGUUGCCUGUGAAAGAGCCUCUGUAGACUGUUAUUCCUUAAGACAAUUCAUGUUACAUCAAAAUUAACCACUUAAUACAGAGAAGACUCCCUGACCUGCAACAGUCACACAGGCUCCCUCACAGGCAACUUUUCUAACACAUUCUGUGAUAGGGAAUGUAGUACUCCUGUAUGGUAAUUUUUUAUGCUACUGUGCUCAUUAUGAAUGAGUUUUGUAACAAAGUACGUAUCAUGUUUACUUUAUCACAAGCAUUUUAGAAAAGACUGUUUAGCAGCAGUAUGUACAAAUAUUUAGUCCUUGUCUUUUAUUAUGCAUUUCUCACAGCUUGGCUUUUAAUGGAAAUUUUAGACUAUUUCAAAUUAUCUAGGAUUCAAAUGUUACUGUUAAGAAUUUACUGGACAUCUAUGGCAAGGGAACUUUGUUCAUCAUCAUUCAGCUUCUUGAGUUGGUUCCCAGUUAUAAAAGAAAUGAAAUCUAACUACUUGUAUGAUUCUGAUGUUUAUAUGGUAGAGAUGUACAUAGGUAUUCAGUAAAGUUUUCUUUCCAUAGAAUAUAUGCAUCUCUUUCCCACUGAA